CAGUCAAUAUUAUUGUGUUGUUUGCGGCAGAGUAAAUUAACUAGAAAAUUUCUAAUUUUCUACAUUUCCUGAAAAUUUAUAAGAGAAAAUGGGCACCAAGAGACCCAGCAAUAGUUUGGUAUUGGCCCAAGAGUCAAAGCGUAGUAAAAAUGAUAUCGUAGCCUAUACAAAUCGGGAUAAGGCCCUCUUGGAAUCGGGUGUACGUAGGACAUCCAAUUUACAGGCACCCAUAAUGCAGUUAGAAGGACAUGAGGGAGAGAUAUUCACCACAGAAUUUCAUCCAGAAGGCGAACUUUUAAUGUCCUCCGGUUAUGACAGACAGAUUUACAUUUGGCAAGUCUAUGGCGAUUGUGAGAAUGUGAUGGCCAUGUCGGGUCAUAGUGGUGCCGUAAUGGAGGCACAUUUCAAUACAGAUGGCUCGCACAUAUUUACCUGUUCCACAGACAAAACGCUGGCCAUUUGGGACAUUGUGACAGGCCAACGUGUUCGUCGUCUGAAGGGACAUAACAAUUUUGUCAAUAGUAUGCAGGGCUCGCGACGUGGACAACAAUUUCUAUGCUCUGGGAGCGAUGAUCGUACAAUUAAAAUUUGGGAUGCCCGUAAAAAACAUGCGGCUCAUACUCUGGAAUCCCCCUUCCAGGUCACAGCGGUGUGUUUUAGUGAUACUGGUGAUCAGGUCAUUAGCGGUGGCAUUGACAAUGAGCUGAAGAUCUGGGAUAUACGCAAACAACAGGUCCUACAUCAUUUACGUGGCCACACGGACACCAUUACGGGAAUGUCCCUAUCACCCGAGGGUGAUUUUGUGCUCACCAACUCAAUGGAUAAUUCUUUAAGAGUCUGGGAUGUUCGGCCAUAUGCACCGGGCGAACGUUGUGUCAAAGUCUUCCAGGGACAUCAGCAUAAUUUUGAAAAGAAUUUACUUCGUUGUGCUUGGUCGCCGGGCAGCGAUAAGAUAUCAUCAGGCUCUGCGGAUCGACAUGUAUACAUUUGGGAUGUGAAUACACGAAGGAUUCUGUAUAAAUUACCUGGCCACAAUGGCAGUGUUAAUGAUGUGGAUUUCAGUCCACGUGAACCUUUAAUAUUGUCUGCCUCUAGCGAUAAGACUUUGUAUCUGGGUGAAAUUGAAGACUAGUCUCAAAUGACAUUUUUUAACAACCAUUCAUAAAAACUUUAAAAUAAAAACAAACAUGUAAAAAUUGA